AUGGCCACUACUACUACUACCACUGACAUGGAAUCCAUGGACACGUCGAGCUACAACAACGCGAACCGGAUGCACGUGCUGGCGAACGGCGACAUUGUGGACUGCGGACGGCUGCCACAGACGGCCCGCAACAACCUCUACAAGACGGAGCUGUGCAAGCACUACACGGAGAACGGGAGCUGCCGCUACGGCCCCAAGUGCCAGUUCGCCCACGGCGAAGACGAGCUGCGGGGAGUGCUGCGCCACCCCAAGUACAAGACCACUCGGUGCAAGGCCUUCUUGUCCACGGGCAAGUGCAUGUACGGCUCGCGCUGCCGCUUCAUCCACACGCGGUACCCUGGCGAAGAGGACCAGCGCUUUGUCAACUACGGCAGCAGCGACCUGUCGAGCACUGAGAGCGAGUCGGACGAGCUGGAGGCCAUGCCGUCACACGGGGACCUGCUCGUGAACCCGUACGGCAGUGCACUGGAGCCGAUCGACCUGUCGCAGCCAUUCAGCGGCUUCCACCAGUCCAUGUCGCUCGCCCCGCUCUCAUGCCUCACGGCGUCGUCGUCGUCCCAGCCCGAGUUUGACUCGUACUUGAGCUACGACCCGUUCCGCCACUACGCGUUCCCGAGCAGCGACCUGAGCUGCUGCGACCAGCGCAGCAGUAUCACCAGCAGCAGCAGUGCGGACGCAUUGAGCGCGUUGUCGCCCCGUUCCUCGAGCAGCACUGAGUCUGUAACGUCCAAGUUCUCCCGUCUGACGAUCUUCCAGCGCAUCUGUCGCGAAGAUGCGUAG